GCCUUGCUGUACCUCUGUGUGCUCCUAAACCUCUUAGUUAAUCCCCUUUAAAUAGCAAGACUAGGGCGGCGUGGGAUUUAUUUUUAAACCCUUUCAAAACCAGAUUUUACGGUCAGGUCUUGGACUCUGUCCCCAUUCAGAAGUGUUUCAAACCGUCAUUCAUCCCAAACGGAUCAUUUUAUCACUGCGCACUCCACUGAGUCAGGAGAUGAGCUCUGGCACCGCCCGGCGCUUGGACAGCUGCCGUCCUUGCUCCUCGCCGGGCUCCCACGGCGGCGUGGGGACGAGCUGUGGCUGGGACUUCCACGGGCAGCAGAGGAGACAGGCUGAGCCCUCACCUUGAUGCGUGGGUGCCAGCCUGGAGGAGCUGCUUGCUGCCGCUUUUGCUCAGCUUUCUCUUCUUCUGUGUGAAGCUCCUGGCUGCUCAAGCAGCCUGAGGAAAUCAACAGGGAUGUGGCCGUUUUGGGGGCUGGACUGGAGCCGAGCCCGCUGUGACUUGCUCUUCACAGAAGCCAUCAAUCAAAGAAUGCAGGUUCCCAACAGGCUGAAGGUAGCGGACAGCUCCAGCCCUGUGGACCGGGAGCCAGUGGCAGAGGACAUCCCUGCUUCCUUUCGCAUGCACAUCCCUGAUAGGAUUUCCCUCGCAGAAAUAUCAGAUGCCAGUUUGAGGCCCAUCCUGCUGAACCAGCAAAGGAAGGUCCCUUCUGUGGUGGUGCACAGGUCCCCAGACUCCUCUGCUGAGCCCACCCCCCGUGGGGAGCUCCCUUUUCUGCACGUAGCCAGCAGAUCGAGCUCCCAGAAGCGCAAACGAUGGGGCCAUCACAGCAGCAGGUCACGGCGGGAGAGGACUCCGAGCGACUGUGCCCAGCUGGCCUUGCCCAGCCCAGGACAGCAGCAGGAGUGGCCGGACGUGUGCUCCCAGCCUGCACGCAGUGCCCCACUGCCCCUCCUGACGGAGACAGGCAGGAUCUACUCCAUGCAGAACAUCUUCCAGACCAUGUACCUUCUGGGCCAGGUGCUCUUCCAGCGUUUCCAGGGCUCUCUGCAAGACCCAGUGCUGUCCAGCUCCCAGGAGGCCAGCUCAGCUCCGGAGAGCAUCUCAGAGGAGGUCGGGGUGGGUGAGAUGGCAGCAAUGAGAAAACAGCUGACGAGGAUCUCAAGGAGGCUCCGCGUGCUGGAGGAGCAGUGCAGCGCCUGGCGCCAGAAGGAAGCCCUCCUCUACUCCGUGAUGAUCUCUGCCUGCCUCAUCAACACCUGGCUCUGGCUGAGGAGAUGAUUGCCCCUGCCUCAACCUCCUCUGCCCAGCCCUGGCAGGGUGGGUGAAGGCAGGCAGAAGGUCCUUGCUUGCAUACUUGCAAACAGUAAAGCAGUGUUUGUUCUUCCCUUGGCGUGCCCUUUGUGCCCUAGGCCCUCGAGGAUCUGUGCCCUUUAGACUCAGUUUACAAUGAAGGUGCCAUCCCUUUGCCAUGCUCUAGCAUCAGAGGUGGGUGAGGGGAAGCGAUGAAGCUGGACCUUGUGCCACAGCAGCUGGAGAUGAGUGUGGGAGAGGCUGAUUCCAAGGAGUAUGGCCCAACAGGAAUAGUCCCAGCACUGGGCUGUGGCUGCAAAUGCUCUGCAGUGGGAGACCCUCUGGCCCUUGGGCUGUCUGCCAGAGGAGAUAAAGAACCAAGGUGAUUUGUGUUUGUGGACAUGAUGCCCUGUUACAGUCUUAAGCUGUGGUGGGCCCAGUCCCCUGAGCAUAUCCCAGCUUGGAUAGCUCAAGUCUGAUCCCAUAAAUGUCCUCAGCCAGCUGCUGUGGACAGUUCCUCAUCUUCCAUCUCAAAAGCUUCUGUAGAGUGGUUGAACAUUUUUAAGCUGCUAGUAGGCUUUCUUUUAUUUCUUGUGCACUGCCCUUUCAUGGAGGUACUACUGCCAGUUCUUCUAUGCCAUAGCUCCUGCUCUAGGAGGGGUGCAGCUGGAGGAAAGAGGGGCUCCCAUCCCUGCAGCUGCUGCUGCUGUGCCACCAUCUCGGCUCCUGUCCCGCUGGGGGCAGUUCUGCAAAUGUUCAGAUCCAAAGUGGCUGUAAGAGUGUUGCUGAGGUCUCUGGGCUCAUCCAGGAGCUUGGCUCUUUCCCAGGGAGAUUUUUAUGGAAAACAUUCCCAUGAUGACUUUUUGGAUGGUGAGGCCUUGUCCCAACAGUGAUAGCAGCAGGCAGGCUGCAGAGAAUUGCCCCUUUGGGCAGCAGUGGGUAACUAUCAGAUGGGCAAACACCAGAGGGCAGGUUGCUCCCAGCUCUGCUGCCAAGCUGUUACUUCAGCCACGAGAGGAAUUCUUGACCCUUCUGCUCUUUAGCUCAGAAGAAGCCCAAUUCAGCACCUGUGCUGUUUCUUUCCUUCUGUGGACAUCAGUAACACUUGGAUCUGGUGUGACUGUGAGAGGCUUUUGAUGGUUCAUCCAGCACAUCUGUUGGAGCUGUGCUUGCAAGGCUCUGGGGGCAGGUUUGACAUGGUUUAAUAGGACCUCUCCUCUUCUACCUGUAAGUAAUUGUAGCUGGAUCUGCAGGCCAUCCAGAUGUCCCCAUAGCUUGUUUACAGAUGUGGAUGCUUGGGUGUUUUCUUCCUGCAACUGCCAUCAAGCAUCUGUGACUGCCAAGCUGGCAGCUGGACACUGACUGAUAAAUAACUGUCCCACAGGUAACUGCUGGUCUGAGCCUGUGCCUGAGAGCUGAGCUGAGGAAAACACUCAGAUUUGUUGCAGGGGAGAGCCAAGCUCGUGUGGUGGGCUUGGUGUGCUGUGGCAGGGAGUAUGUCAAGGAGGGGAGCACUGGUGCAGGGAUGGUUCCUGUGGCAUGUGGCUGAGGGAUGUUGGUCAGGGUCACCAGGGGACCUUCCAGAAGGGGGUCUGUAUAAGGGAGCUUCCACUGUGUGAUUCAUGCCAGGAAGGCAGGGGAAUUGCUUGGCUGGUUUCUCUUCUCUGAGGGCUGUGAAUGUGUUUUGGAGGGAGCUUGGGGCUUGUUGUUUGUUUGUUU